GACCUGGUAGACCUACGGUGUAGAUCUACCGAGGAUAGAUCGCUGUCAUUCGACGUUCGAAGGGUCCAGGUAAGUAACUGUUUAUUGGUUUGCAAUAUCGGCUUUUUCCUAUCUCAUUGCUUGAUCUACAGUCAUGUACGAGUAGUUCAUAGUAGGGCUGGAUGUUAAUAGGUCUUGCUCCGUUCUCCAAAAUUCGCGGAAGUCAAUAAUUAUUACUAUCAACGGACCGGACUGGGCAGUUUAGCGGAAUCCAGCAUGGCCAAUGAAAUUAUUUGCCAAGGAAGAUCCUGGACCACGUUCAGAGACAUCGGUCGAGAAAUUUGGCUGCUCGCGAUCUGUUUAUGUGCACUGUUUGUGGUAGGACCAGCAGCAGGAUCAUCCAGGUCGCCAUUGAGACCAAGGCCUAACUUCGUUUUAUUGCAAACGGACGACCAGGCAAGAUGGGAUCUGGGUGUUAUGAAUAAAACGGUGGCGCUCAUCGCUCAACAGGGAGUUUCCUUCACGAAUUACAUGGUCAAUACCCCCAUUUGCUGUCCGUCGCGAGCUGAAAUCUUCUCCGGCAGGUACUUCCACAAUGUUGGUGGACCCGGUGGCUCUUGCAUGCAUGUGGACGCUGAGGAUGCAGUCUUCAAUGAGCACAGCUUGUUUUCCUCACUGCAGUCUGCCGGAUAUCAGACUGGUGCCUUCGGAAAGUUGACCAACGAUCAGAAUCAUUUCUUUUGCAGCAAGAAGCGUGCAGAUGGUCUGAGUAUGAUCGGAUCACCCUGUAACGUUGGCGUCUACUACCCCACGAAAUAUUUUAUCAAGCUUCCCAACGGCACCAAGUAUUUUGAGAACCUUGACAGCAAUGACCCGGCCACCUAUCUCACUGCUCAGCUGGGCAACCGAACCAUCAAUUGGAUCACUCAGCUGGCGGGAAACUCGCCUCUUGCCGCCCCGUUCUUCGCUUACAUCGGACCGCAUGCUCCUCAUCUGCCGGCUGAGCCAGCGCCCUGGGAGGAGGAAGACAGGUUUGAAGGCAUCACGGCACCUCGUACGCCAAGCUGGAACGUAUCGUGUCCAGACAAGCAUGGCUUCAUUGCCAAGAACCCACCACUGGACGAGAACGCCACUGACUUCCUUGACCAGCAGCAUCGCGACCGUCACAUGUCCCUACUUGCUGUGGAUGAUGUCAUCAAAGCCGUGUACACUACGUUGGAGAAGCUCGACCUACUGGAGAGUACCUACAUCAUUACUACUAGUGAUCAUGGAUACCAUCUGGGACAGUGGCGAGUGCCGAGUAGCAAACGGCUGCCGUACGACACCGACAUUUUUGUCAAUACAUUCAUCCGCGGACCGGGCAUUAAGCCUGGAAGCGAGCAGGCUGCAAUGGUGGGUAAUACAGACAUUGCGCCGACUAUACUUGAUCUGGCUGGCGUGGAAAUACCACCGCUCAUGGAUGGGAAGAGCAUGGCGCAGCUCAUCAUCUCCAGUGACAAUCCCUAUUACGACCUAGCGCUGCGCCAACAAGCUGUUCCCUGGCGCGAAGCAUAUCUCAUCCAGUAUCACAUGACAUCGGCCAACACCAAUUCCGAUGCGAGCAUGUGGUUUCCGGGGACUGGAGUGUUCCACGGCACGCAGCUGUACCCGCCGGCACGGCCAUGCAAGACGUGUCCGCCCUGGAUGCUGGACGGGCCGGAGAACACGUAUCGCGCACUCAGACUACGCAACGCAACACACAACAUACUCUAUGCCGAGUUCAACGUGCAUUUCGACUUUAGCAACGCGUCGGCCAUCUUCUACGAGUUCUAUGAUGUCACAGAAGAUCCCUAUCAGGUGAAAAACACAUAUGGAUCGGUGCCGAAAGCAGCACGGGAAAAUUAUCGUUCUCAAUUAGAGACAUUCUCAGCCUGUGCAGGCGGGCAGGGGCACCUUGAAGGCAACUGUCCUUAAUUAACAGUCAGUGCAUUGUGCAGUGAUUCCUACAUGCAGUACGUAUACCAAGAAGACCAAGAACUUAA